GCGAGAAUCAUACCACUAGACCAAAUGCCCUGGAGUGACGAUAAGUUAUGAUAAACUACCUAAUAAUGUAAGAAAUGCAAGUGGAUUGUUCACAUUCCAACACAGAGCUGCAACUGCCGGCUGGAGAUUUGGUUAUGGUUCUUGAUUCAUAACAUUUAAUCAAUCAAGAAAAUCAGCCCACUGGGAGAUCCCUGAGAAAACCCUCUUUUUUUUUUUCCCACUUAUGUUGCUACUGAUCCAAAUUCUAAUCAAAGCAGAGGCACCUGGUUGUGGAUUUGGAAGUUGGUUUGUCCCAAGAAGUUUAACAAUCCUGUUUGCCUUGCGUCUCAUGAUUGCUUCCUCACGGUCCGAUCACCUACACUGGAGGCCUUCAAUUGCUGUUAACACAGCACCAUGCCCUCAUUCUGGUUCUAUUGAUGAAACUUCAUUACAACUCUUGAGAGACUGCAGCGAGGCCGAGGCUGUCUGCUGAUGCACCAUAUUGUUCUUGUAAUCAUACCUUAAACCUUCUUCUAGUAUUCCAGGGGGAUUGCUUUGAAUGUGAGUAGGAAGGAACCUGUUUGAGUUAAUUUCUUUGUAUUUGUUUCAGUUUUUUUAGCUCUUUUUAUGUUGUGUAUCUUUAAGACCAAAAAUGAAAAAAUGCAGACACC